UACCUUACUAGCCCGUACCAAAAAUAUACAUCAACUCUCUUUAUCGCCAUCUCUUUGUCGUUGGCUCCUGGUCUUGCUUGGUCCUCGUCCUCGUCCUCGUCCUCGUCGAACAAAAAGUCAAUUUUUGAUUUAUUCACUCUUUCAUUCAAAAUUUAUUUGGGGAUUUUGCUUUCAUAAGUCCUGGAGACUAAUAAUACCUGAUUCUCCAAUCAUUUCUCCCAUUCACAUUCAUUAUUACUCGGACACCAAUUGCAACAUCAUUCAACAAUCCGUCAAUCAUAUAUCAUUUCUAUUCUUGAAUCAUUCUUUUAUAUCAAGAACAUAGGAAACUCACUCUCCCAGCUUUCACAGCAUGUCCCUUGUUAAAAAUUAUAUCACUUUGUUCACAGAUCGAGAACAAUAGACAAACAACCAACAAGUGCCAAGCAACACAACGAGAGAGACCAAUCUUAGAACAAUCGGACAACAGACCUCAGGUUUUAUUGUAAGUAAGCCUUCCCCUCGACGGACAAAAUUCGAAUUUCGAAUCCCAUAGACCCAACGACCAUAUACCAAACCCAAUUAUUUACAAACCAACAGUUUCUAGAUAGCUUUACACAGAAGCACUUCUACAUUAUCUCAAACAAUAACCAGAGUAUUCUUUUUUAUUUUGUUUUUUACAUUCGUUUCAGAGACGAACAAGACAAAAGAAUAAAUUGUGUCGGGAUGGAGUCCCUCGAUGUUUUGCGCAGGGUCGCCGAAGCAGCCACUGCAACCACAACCACCGCCACAAGUUUACAGCAUGCAACCACAACAGAAGCAGCUGCAACACCGAGCAACACUAUAGGAAUGUACGCCGAAGAUUUGAAUGGAGUCAACCAAGGCGUCAAUGAUCUUUUACGAGAUGUUUUAUGGUGGUGCUUAGGAAUAAUGGCAUUGAUGAUCCUUGUCUUCAGGAUCAUGCAUAGGGCGCAGUCACACAUACGACAUAUGACAGGGAUGAAUAGCAACUCGAAUCAACAAAGAUAUUUCCAGGAAAACAGAUCCAGUUGGUGGAAAGUCAAGAAACAUUUGUUGUAUGCCCCGUUAUGGAGUAAACGUCACAAUAGAGAGUUCAAGUUGUCGUCAGCUGUUAAUAUGGGAACCCUUCCGUCAAGAUGGCAUGCACUACUCCUGAUCCUCUACCUGUCGAUGAACAUUGCCUACACGUUGGUCCUUGAUUACAACAUAGAGAACAAGUAUUCUAUCGUAGCCGAGCUUCGAGGAAGAUCUGGUGUUCUCGCUGUAUGUAACAUGAUUGCACUAAUCAUCCUUGCCGGACGCAACAAUCCCCUCAUUGGGUGGCUUCAAAUCAGUUUCGAUACCUACAACUUAUUGCAUCGAUGGAUGGGAAGGAUAGUCGUAUUGGAGGCUCUUGUACAUACCUCCUGUUGGGCAUACGUCCAAUACGCGGAUACAGGUUUCUCCGGGGUCUGGGACAAGCUUUUGCACGACCCAUUCUCUUCCUAUGGAAUGAUGGGUACCAUUGCUUUUGUCCUCCUUCUCCUCACAUCUCCAUCGCCGAUUCGCCACGCGUUUUACGAAACAUUCCUCAAUCUUCAUAUCAUCUUCGCGGCCGUUGCCAUUGCCGGUGUUUGGAUUCAUUGUGACAUUCCAGAUCUCCCCCAAAAACCUUAUAUCCGCGCCGUCGCCUUUCUGUGGGUCGCUGAUCGCGUGUGCAGAAUGGCACGUCUCGCCUGGUGCAACUACAGUACCAAGGGCUGGACCACCGCAACCAUCGAAGCCAUGCCCGGAGAUGCCUGCCGUGUUACCAUGCACCUACCCAAAAAACUGGACGUCAAGCCCGGCUCUCACGCCUAUCUCCGUUUUGCCAAGCUAAAUUUCUGGGAGUCGCAUCCUUUCUCAAUCGCUUGGGUCGCUCAUCGCCCAAUGUUCACUUCGGAGCUCCCACUUGAUGAGAAGAAACUCGUUCGAGAAGGACAAACGACCGAUAUCAGCUUCGUCAUCCAUGCGCAAACUGGUUUGACUCGCCGUCUUUUCGAUGCAGCCAAAGUUGCCAGCCCAAGUGCACUGACACUGAAAGCUGCAUUCGAAGGGCCAUAUGCUGGACAUCAUUCUCUCGAUUCCUACGGUCAUGCAGUCCUUUUCGCUGGCUCCUCCGGAAUCACCCAUCAAAUCCCCUAUGUUCAACACCUUAUCCAAGGCUUCAACGACGGUACCAUCGCCACCAAGAAGGUCCUUCUCGUCUGGAUCAUCCGUGACGUCGAGCAUCUUGAGUGGGUGCGACCGUGGAUGGACGAAAUCCUGCGUAUGCAAGGACGUCGCGAUAUUCUUACUAUUAAGUUGUUUGUCACGAAACCUAAGAAUCCAAAGGAGAUUCAUUCUCCAAGUGCGACGGUGCAAAUGUUACCUGGUAGACCGAACAUCAAUUUAUUGUUACAGGCUGAAGUCAGGGAACAAGUGGGCGCCAUGUGCGUUACCGUUUGUGGACCAGGAGCCUUACAAGACAGCGUACGAGAAGCAGUGAGAGAAGUCCAAGAACAUGGGGUUGUAGAUUUCAUCGAGGAGAGUUUUACUUGGUAAUGUAAAGAAUGCAUUCGUCCUUGAGACACAUUCCCACAUACAUUUCAAACACGAACCAUAAGGAAUCCGAAGGAAAGGUCAUAAAGCCUAUGAGAUGGCAAGUCAAAUAGUGCAAAACAGGUGGUUGGUCAUUGAUAAUUUCUUCUUCGAUUCUCAAACGUAACAUUUUUUGCGGAUGGAAGCUUUGUAUUACACUACGGGACCAGACCAGACCACAACGCUGCAGUUGUAUAUAAAUCAUAUCAUGAUUAGACGAGAGAAAAAACUCUAGAAGAGUUAGAAUAGGCAAGAUGGAAGAUUAGAUUCGCUUUUAGCGGGGAGUUAGGAUAUCUGCCUAGGAUUGUAUUUAGAGAUUUGACUGCCGCGGAUAGGAUAGUCGUUUGUCUACAGUUAGGUGCCUUUUUUGUAAUUGGAAUCGUUUAAACUACUGAUAAUUUUGUGUGAUG